GUGAACGCGCUUCCCCUCCCGCUCCGCCUCAGCGGUUUCCGUUCUUAGCCGCUGCUGGAGUUUGGGCCUGUAGAAGAAUAAGGAAGCAGCGCCAGGGAGACGCGCAAAGAGUCCCUUUCAGUUAUGGCAGCCAUUCGGAAAAAACUGGUUAUAGUGGGUGAUGGUGCCUGUGGCAAGACUUGUCUUCUCAUUGUAUUUAGUAAAGACCAGUUUCCUGAAGUUUAUGUCCCCACAGUAUUUGAAAACUAUGUAGCAGAUAUUGAAGUUGAUUCGAAGCAGGUGGAGUUGGCCUUAUGGGAUACAGCAGGACAAGAAGACUAUGAUCGACUUAGGCCUCUUUCAUACCCAGACACUGAUGUUAUACUUAUGUGUUUUUCAAUUGAUAGCCCCGAUAGUUUAGAGAACAUUCCAGAGAAGUGGACUCCAGAGGUAAAGCAUUUUUGCCCCAACGUACCCAUCAUCCUGGUAGGCAAUAAGAAGGAUUUGAGAAAUGAUGAACACACAAGACGGGAACUGGCCAAAAUGAAGCAGGAACCAGUCAAACCUGAAGAGGGCAGGGAUAUGGCAAACCGCAUUGGUGCUUUUGGAUACAUGGAGUGCAGUGCAAAGACCAAAGACGGUGUGAGGGAAGUUUUUGAAAUGGCCACUAGAGCUGCUUUACAAGCCCGGCGUGGCAAGAAAAAAUCUGGGUGCCUUCUCUUGUAAAGCACAGCCAGGGGAAGACAGCUGAAGCAGCGCCCUACACUCAAUACAUUUUUGAAGUGCUGUUUAUUAAUCUUAGUGUAUUAUUACCAGCCUUUUUUCAUUUAUCUAUAAUUUACUUAAGAGAUUUAAAAAUCGAGUCUUGCUACCAGUAUUUAGAAGCCAACCAUGAUUUUUUUAUAAUGGUCUGCAUCAAGUACAUCUGUGCACACAAGGGUUAACUUCAACAUUCCUUUAACAAAUCUUUCUCUGCAUUUGCAGGAUAUGCCAGGCGCUAAUUCAAGACAAUUCUCUAACUUCUUGCUUUUUUAGAAAUGGGAAAAAAGCUGGUAACACUGAGAAUUGGGCUGUAACUGCUCCAUAACUAACAUGUUCUAGCCUAUUCAGGUACAACAGACAUGGCUGCAGAUGAGGCCCUGAGUAACUUCAGUGUUUUCACAUAGAGGGAAGUUUGAUUUUCUUUCUGCCCCCUGCUCCAAGGCUCUGACGUAUAAAAUGAUAGUUGAAAAAUGUGAUCACUCUGAAAUGACCAAAGUCCCAUCCAGCUAUGGAAAGUGACAGUUCUGUGGUUCCAUGUUAGUUACCUUAUAGUUACUGUGUAAUUAGUGCCACUUAAAUGUAUGUUACCAAAAAUAAAUCUAUAUACCCCA